GAGAGAGGAAGAGGGAGGGUUGUGUGGCGUGAGGCAGUGCGUGUGCUCAGUGUUUAGGUGAAUCCACAGCCCUCUGGCUCACAAGGAUAAAGGAUCCUCACAGAGGAAGAGAGAGAAAAGCAGCAGCGCAGGACAUUUUUUGCUUCUUUUUUUUAAAAAAGCAUCCUCUGUGCGCAUUCUUCUUGCUUCUUUCUCCCACAAUCCACCAGCCUGUGUAUAUUGUUGCUUUUUUGCCCUCUCUUUUGUUCGCUACAACCAUCACCUCGGCACAGAGAGAAGGCAGGAAGAGCAGAGUCAGUGGCAUCAUCCUCCCUUCCUGCACGCCCAGCCGGUGGUGGGUGCUGAUGCUGUAACCACUGUGUGGAGCUGACAAGCCCUGGUUGAUGCAGUGAAGUGUUCCAGUGGGAUAAACACAAGCGAAGGGGGCUCAUGGGAAACCUCCUGAAAGUGCUGGCUUGCGCCGAACUUGAGCAUGGCCCAAUAGUUUUCCUUGACUUUGAACAUGCCCAGCCGACGGAGGCAGAAACAGCCGUGUGGAACCAGGUCAGCGCCGUGCUGGAGGAGGCUCAUGGGAUCCUUGCCGAGCUGCAGUCCUAUAACGGCGCGGGCCAGGAGAUACGAGAAGCCAUCCAGAACCCAGGCGACCUUGCUCUCCAGGAGAAGGCCUGGAAUGCAGUCUGCCCCCUGGUGGCCAAGCUGAAGAGGUUCUAUGAGUUCUCCCUGCGACUUGAGAAUGCCUUGCGCAGCCUGCUGGAGGCGCUGACGAGCCCACCGUACGCUCCCAUGCAGCACCUGGAGAGAGAGCAGGCCCUGGCUAAACAGUUUGCUGAGAUCCUCCACUUUACACUCAGCUUUGAUGAACUGAAGAUGACAAAUCCAGCCAUUCAGAAUGACUUCAGCUACUACAGGAGGACCAUCAGCAGGAACAGGCUGAACAACCAGCAGCUGGAGGCUGAGAACGAGGUUAACAAUGAGAUGGCCAAUCGGAUGUCUCUUUUCUACGCUGAGGCGACGCCGAUGCUGAAGACUCUGAGUAACGCCACCACCAAGUUUGUUUCAGAGAAUAAGACCUUGCCCAUAGAGGACACCACAGACUGCCUGAGCACCAUGGCCUGUGUGUGUCGUGUCAUGCUGGAGACUCCGGAGUACCGCUGUCGGUUCACCAACACAGACACCAUGCUGUUUUGCAUGAGGGUGAUGGUGGGUGUCAUCAUCCUGUACGACCAUGUUCACCCUGUUGGGGCUUUUGCAAAGACCUCCAAAAUCGAUAUGAAGGGCUGCAUCAAGGUGCUGAAAGAGCAACCGUCCAACAGUGUGGAGGGACUCCUGAAUGCACUGAGGUAUACAACACGGCAUCUAAACGAUGACAGCACCUCCAAACAAAUCAGGGCCCUCCUGCAAUGAAAGCAAGAGGAGAAGAGAAGGGGGGGAGGAAGAACGGAAGGAGCAAGAAAGGAGCAAGGAAGGAGCGCACUUGAAGGAGGAGGAAACAAAUGCCAGUGGCUGAUAAACCUGUUUGUUUACAACAAACAAAGAAAAUUAUCCCCAGGUUAAGAGCGAUGAUAGUAAGAAGAGGAAAAUAAUUAUAUAUAUUGUCAGCUGUCCAUCAUUCUGUCUCUCAUUUUGUAAAGUAAGAAAAGAGAAAAAAAGCCAGAAAAGAAGAUAUAGAUAUAUAUUAAAAGAAAUGAAACACAUGCAGAAGAGUAUGUUGGAUUAAAGAGGAAGAUAUAUUGGAAAAUUUAAGGUCAGCAAACUGAAAAUGUACAAAAUAAGGGUUCAUGUUCCAGCGGUAGUCUGACAAGUAUUUUUGCACACACUUUGAAAACAAUGCCAUCUCCUUUCCCCUGCAAUCUGAUCCCAAACUGGUUCCCUGAGACUUUCCCGCGCUGCCCUCACACACAUCAUUGAACUGGAGGGGUUUACAACCUCUCCGUCUCCUUCAGCUGCACUGAUCUCCACCUUUCAUGAAAGCAAUGUGAUGGAUACACUCCGGAGAUUUGCUUCCAUCUGUUUCACUUCUUUUCUAAAUCAGUGCAGCUGGAGGGUGGGUGGCAGAGACAGGAGCAGCCCUUUCAGGAUGCUUACAUUUUAACCUUCAUUUCUUCCUCAUCCAUCCACUUGAUGCGUGCUUUUUCCUUGGCACAAAAACAUAAAGACACACCCAUGUAGAGCGCCAGCACAAAACAUCUCGUGAGUUGUCUGGCUUUACUUGAACAAUGUGCUUCACUCUUGCUGUCUUUCUCUCCAUGGUGCUAAAGUGGGUUUUGAUAUCAGUGUGUGCUUGUUAGAAAUGAUUUGGCUUUAACUGAUGAAAAAAUGAUAUUUGACAUGGCUUGGAAGAUCCAAGAAAAGCAUUCUAGCAAACCACAGCACAUUUUACUUCUUCACUCAGUGCCAAAGCUGAUUGGUUUACGCUCUUGUUGCAUUGUCAAUAAGCCAGGCUGGAGGGUACCAGGGCGCGGAGUCUUGUAGUCCUGUAAUACAUCGCUGAUCAUCUUUGUAAGUAAGGAUUAGAAACAUCCAACAUGACACGUAAACACAGACACACACAAGUCAGAUUUACACACACGCAUUUUGAGAGAGAUCUGAAUGUUUGAGUGUAAAUAUGUAAGGCUUUUGUCAACAGGCAUCUACAUGGCCCACUUUGGGUGCUCAAGGAAAAAACACAACCGACUCCUGCAUACAACUAGAGCUUUCUUUUAGUACGAGGUUGAUAAAGUCAUUCAAUAAGUGGGAAAUAAAAAUAAAAAAGUUCUAAAGGAGAUUUGAAAAGAAGUGCUGUACUUUGGAUGUCUAUAGCCCUUAGUCUAAUUUAAUUUGAUCUUAUAAUAUAUUUUAUAUACAGGGGUAUGCACACAAGCAUAUUCUGUAUAAAUACAUAGAUGGCAUGUUGUAAAAGUUCUGACAGAAAUGUGUAAAUAAGGUGUUUUUAUUCAUUUUUAAUUGUUCAGUGACGCUGAAAUUGAGUAUGUGUUGUCUCUCAGAAUUACCAUGCGUUUGGCUUGGACCAUCGGACUUGCCGUAGUCAUAGGUUUCAGAAAUUCAGCUUCAUUAAUGGCGAAUGAACCAGAAGGAAGGAAGGGAUGCUAAAUGGGUGGGGAGGGGCAGGGGAUGUCCAUUUGCUUGUUAUUUUGUAUAUUUUGUGCAACAAUAAACUUGUCAUUUAUUACAUUGAA